UUUUUUUGACGUUCGAAUCUCAAAUUUCUGUCUAACGAUGACUUCAAAAAAAUAUAUUAACUAUGAGAGACUGGAUCAGCCUAUAUUUGAUGUAUAUAAAUAUGCAAAUACUAUUAUUAAGGAAACACAUAAUCAAUCAGAUCAUAUGAUUGAUAUAGAAGUUCCUCUUAAAAAAAUACAAUAUGAUUUAGAAGAAAUCAUGGAAGAGAUUCAAGAAGAACUUAAAGAGGACCAUAAUGAUCUUAUAAAUCAUGUAAAAUUUAUAAAAGAAAGUUCGAAUGAAAAUAUUGAAUGGAUAAAGAAAUAUACAGAACCAUUGGUUGGGUUAUUUGAAGAAAUGGAUGAAAAAUGGACAUCUAAAUAUGAAUCAGCAUCAUGUUUAUUAGUUUCUUUAAAAAAUAAUCAUAUAACUAGUCAAUUGCUUAGAGAAGUUCAAGAAUCAAUUAUUUUAUUGAAACAUCUUAAAAGUUUACAUCAAGAAAUGAAAUCACAUGUAAAUGAAACAGAAUUGUGGAAGGAAUGUCUUAGAAUGGCAACGAUAAUCAAAGAAUGGAAAACAAUUUUACGAAAUUUAAUGGAUAUUUUGAUAAUUAGAGAAUAUAUUCCGUUUGUAACAUCUGUUUCAAACGAGUUAGAAUCUAUGGCAUAUGAUGCUAUUUUUGUAAAAAAAUAUACAUCAAAAAAUUUACUUGUUUCUAUUAUAUCGACUUAUUUUUUACUUAAUGAAGAUGCUUUGAUUUCUAAUUUAAAAAAAUAUAACAGUCAGAGUAUAAAAGAUGCAGUUGAGUAUUUUUACAAAAGCAUUGAAAUUAAUUUAACAUUAAAACGAUUAUCUAUAACUGAUUCGGCUAAAGCAACAAGUAUUUUAUUAACAAAUAUUGAAAAAGGAUGGUCAAAUAUAGAAAAUAUUUCAAAAAACAUUUACCAUUUAAAUGAAGCUUUAGAAGAAUCAAUACCUUUUUUUCUAAAGGAAACUUUUUUGACACAUAAAGACACAAUUAUCUCUAAUAUUUUAGAAAAAUUAAACGAUCAAUCGUCUAUUCAAUAUUUUUGGAAACAAUUUUCUUCUCAACUUAUACUUAAAAUUAAAGAUAUCACUAAACAAUCAUUAUGGCUUAAUAAAAUAUUAUCUCAAGAAUCUGAAUUCAUUUUAAAAUUAAUUCAAAAAACACUUCAUCAAGAACUUCAUAAUUAUGAGCUUCAAAAACUAAUUUUAGAAAAUAUCAAGUCUUCAAUUACACAAAAGAAAUAAUUUAUUACAUACGAAACAUUUAUUUAAUUCUUAUUUAUCUA